AAUCCACGAAUUACGGCUUCGCCAAUUGUCAUUAUCUACGAAAUACCCCCAUCAAUUGAAGAUACAGUCAAAAUGGGUGGCGGUCCGAAAGUCCCGUACCCCAAGCACGUCUGGUCGCCUGCCGGUGGCUGGUACACGCAACCUUCAAACUGGCGCGCCAACACGGCCGUGAUGGGUCUUGUCAUGUUCGGCGUCAUGUGCGGUGUGUGGAAGAUCAGCUCAGAGAAGGAGCACCGAUACAUCAUGCCCAAGGAGGGCGCUUUCUUCCCCAGCAGAUACUGGUCGAAGCAAUUGAUCGAGUACGACCAAGAACAAGCGGCGAAGAAGAAGGCGGCUGGCGAGGCAAGCUCAUAGAUUUCGAAUUGGUGGCACCGUGGAGGAAAUGUAUACUUACGGCUCGCGAAUGAGACGAACCUUGAAUCAACUGAAACGAUGCUUUC